GCACUCCACAAUUCAUGAAGAUGAGGGUUGCGAGCUAUAAAGAGAGAAAAGAUGAUACAAAAGCUGAUUGUUUAAAGCCUAAAAAGGAAACCUCAUCUGAUCUGAUCAUCAAACCCCAAUAAGAAAAAGGGCUUUUAGUUUCUUUUCCUUUCUUUUCUUUUCUUUUCUUUCCUUUUCCUUCUCAUCUCAUCUCAUCUCAUCUCAUCUUAUGUUGUGUUCUACUACUCUUUCUACCUCGAAUUAUAUGUAUAUCCAUUUCUCUCUCACCUAAUCUCUAUCGUUUAUUGGCUCAGAUCAGCAGCAGCAGUUGGCAAAACAAAACAUAUUGCUUUGCUUUGCCUCUUUGGCUUAUAUUACACAGUUUAAUUACCCAUGUUGCCCGAUAACUCUUGUUCCUCACUUCCUUCUUUGGAGCCAUUUACAUGCAUAGACAAUGGUAAUAACAACAAUAAGAGGAAAAGAAGACCCGCAGGAACACCUGAUCCAGAUGCAGAAGUGGUUUCUCUCUCGCCUAAAACAUUAUUAGAAUCGGAUCGCUACGUUUGUGAGAUCUGCAACCAAGGGUUCCAAAGAGACCAAAACCUACAGAUGCACAGGCGGCGACACAAGGUUCCAUGGAAGCUACUCAAGAGAGAAACUCCAGUGGUGAGAAAGCGGGUGUUCGUUUGCCCCGAGCCUAGUUGCUUGCACCACGACCCUUGCCAUGCUCUAGGCGAUUUGGUUGGGAUCAAGAAACACUUCAGGCGGAAGCACAGCAACCACAAGCAAUGGGUCUGCCAGAAAUGUUCCAAGGGCUAUGCUGUUCAAUCUGAUUAUAAAGCCCAUCUUAAAACCUGCGGUACCAGAGGCCAUUCUUGUGACUGCGGCCGAGUUUUUUCAAGAGUUGAGAGUUUCAUUGAACAUCAGGAUGCUUGCCAUAUGAGUCGUAGCCGGCCACAAUCACAAGCAAUGCAACCGGUUUGCUUGUCGCAAACAGCUUCAAGCUCCAAUCCUUCCAAUGAUACCAAUUUUAGUACAGUUCCUUGGCCUAGUUUGGAGUUGGCAAACACAACAACAGAUACCAUGUUGUUGAACCCUACCAAAGAUAAUUCCCCUAAAAAUGCGCACUACCACGAUCUGGAGCUUCAACUCUUAACCACAUCAAAUCCCACUGAGGUCUCGGUUCCCCCUAAAAAGCAUGAUCAUCAUUCAAUCCAGUUACAGCUCUCGAUCGGCUCGUUUCAAUCAACUUGUACGGAAAAGGAAGCAACCAAGAAAUCAACAGAGAUUCAUGAGAAACCGGUGUUUGUUGCAUCGAGGCUAAAGGAAGAAGCUGUUGCACAAUUAAGGUUGGCGAUGGCAGAAAAAGCUUAUGCUGAAGAGGCAAGAAAGCAAGCAAGAAGGCAGGUUGAGUUAGCUGAGCACGAGUUUGCCAAGGCAAAGAGAAUCAGGCAACAAGCACAAGCUGAAUCAGCAAAGGCUCAAGCUUUAAAGAACCAUGCAGUCAAGCAAAUCAACUCCACCAUUCUUCAAGUCACUUGCCAUGCUUGUAAACACCGAUUUCAAGCAACAACACCUCCCGAAGAGAACUCUCUAGUUGUGAGUUACAUUUCGUCAGCUAUAACGGAAGGUGAAGUUGAAAACGAUAGUCUUACAAAUCUAACGAAACCCACUAACAUAUAAACCAAUAUAAAUGUGUGUGUGUCUGUGUGAGAGUGUGUAUAAGGUGUUAAUACUCGUCUUUCCUUCUUAUAUAUACCAAAAAUGGUUGUUUCUAUAAUCUGGAGUUGAUUAGUGAAAGUGUUGUAUCGUGGCUGAUGUAAUUUGUUCAUUAAUUUGGAUAAAUGAGAAGAUAUAAUGAUGGGGUUGAUAUUAA